CGCCCCUCCUACGUCAUCGCGCACGCGGAAAUGGCGACGAGACGCGCGACCGCGGUCGCAUAGCGACGCAGCCGCCGCGGCGAUGGCGUCGCCACGGUAACCACCACGCGGCCCUGGGCACGGAACGUCUCGCGGCAUUUGUGCUCAACACUCUCCGCGUGUGUUUCGUUGGCUUCCCUCCUCGACUGCGCCUUCGUGCACCCGUCGUUGCCUCUACUUCUGCGUCGUUUCGUACGCGCCGCCGCUCGGCGCCGCGCUGAAGGGACCGCGAGACGACCAUGUCACGCUCUGGCGCCACGAGGUCUCGGACAGAGAAGGGCCGCAGCACGGCUGUUCCCCCGCCGGUCGCCCCCGCGCCCGUGGUCGUGUCCGACGAUAUCAUCCCUGGUCGCCUCACCGAGGCCGAGUGGCUCGCAAUACUGGACCUGGAGGAUGGUGAGAUGUACGUGAGGGACCUCCUUGAGGAGCUCUUGGAGUGCACCAUGGAGGAGUGCCACAAAAUAUACAUCCAGAGACAGCUGAUCCCAUUCACAGUGAGCCAGGCAAAGGAAGCAUUUUUGAAUGUAAUUGAGUGCCGCUUCCUGGCGCGAGACGAGGGGCAACUAUCGGUGGAAUGUGACUCCAGCUGGCAGGAGGACCUGGAACCCCAGCCAUGUUCCAUCGACACCUGGGCACAGGGAUCUGUCCCCAUUACAGAUGCUGUCCCCUCUGGACUGACUUCUCGCACUGCCCCGGAGCCUGAAUUAUUUCCCAAGGAGCCUGAAGUGGAUCUUGAAGAAGAGGAGCAGGUUGACAGUGUACAAAUUGAUAGUCCGAAAGAGGCCGACCAAUUGAAGUUGAUAAUGGCAUUAGAGGAUACUAUAGCUAGUGCUCAGACAUAUGAAAAUCAAGUGGUAGUUCGCACACCAUCACCACCGACCAAAAAAUUAGAAAAGCCCAAGAGAAGCAAGGUAAAGUUUAAACCUCACAUCGGUCCACUGAAUACCAGCAGUUUCAUUGACCUUACAAAAUCCUUGCAGGAAACAGAGAAAGAGCUUGCUCAAAAGGAGCUGAAAUCAAAAAUGCUGCACAACCAAUCACAACCUCGGCCGAUGCCCAAGCAUGUUACUCUUUUGCCAGCCACCUUCCAAAAUCUUUUAAAGAUCCAGGCUGGCCGGAUCCAGACUGGAGAGAAUAAUGGUGGCUCUCUUCAGCUCUCCAACUCUGCCGCAAUUGGAGAGUUUGACGAGUUGGGUCGACUCGUGGCUGUGAGUAAAAUUGACCCUGCUCACAUUCCCAGUCGUCGUGUCUGCCCGAAAAUCCACGUGACAGAAACCCAACAAGACACUCCACAUCGGCUGGCCAAUCGACCCCUCCGCAAAGACAAAGACUCUCAGAAACCACAUCCUAGGGCUGAUGCAGCCACUGCAGCUAGUCACAUGGCAGUUGAUACUUUUUUUAUUGAGAGCAAGAAAGGCCAAUUGAGUUUGCAUCCUAUGGCACGACUACACAGCUCCAGGUUAUGGCAGGGUGCCCAAGGCACACAAGCAUUAAAAGUCAAGCCCAUUCUUCCAUCAUUGCUUCCUAGUCUGCCGCGCAGUAAACAGCUGGAUGCUCAUAAAUUAAAGCCAGUAGAAGCUGUCGUGACAUCCAGCUUUGAGCGCCUCGAUAUGGAUGAAGUCCUGCCUUUCACGCCAUCUGUGCUUAAUCAUAUUCAACCAUCGCCAGGAGUGGUGGUGCGAGAAGGAAAUCACGUAAAGUCGGGCACUCUGCACCAUCAACCAGAGUCUGAACACACAAACACGCUCACAUUUCACUCCAGCUUGCGUCCCGUCCUCCCAAGCGUGCCUCGCCCUUACAUUACUGUGGACCAACUCAUACAAAACGCUGAUUUACAAAUCCACCCUCUGCCUGUUAACCCCGAAUAAGGUUAAUUCUGAAAGAUAAAAAAAAAUGCACAAGAAGGUCUUCAAUACACACAAAUUAUGCUCCAUACACAAUUGACUGUUUUACCACGGUAGCUCUGUUUUAUGUGACAUUUCACAUUUCCAUACCGUCAAUAUGUAAAAAAGAAUAGUCAACAAAGAUGUCAUGGCACUACACACCUCACUGUCACUUCCUUCCAGUAGACUUGGUAGUAGUUGCAACAUCCAACUUCCAAAGUCCACUCUUAAAUGAGCCCACCAUUGGGUCUUCAGGUUUUCCCUUUGGUCUCCGACCUCUGGGGGCCACAUUCCUGUGCUUGUGCUCCUCAUCCUCUAAACGUGUCCCCCUCCAUAAUUACAUCUGCAACAGUUCCUUUCCACAUUCUAUUCCAAAUUUCCAAGUUGUUUACCCUAUAUUCCAUGAAAUGUAAUUGCUUUCUGAAUGCACGUAUUAAACAAAGUACAGUACCUGCAAACAAUCAAAAUGUUAUAUUUACGUGAAUAAACUAUGUUAAAACAUGAAUUAUAUAGGCACAUGCGUUGUAAUUUAUGAAUGUCUUUAACCUUGGCUUAUAAUGUGAAAUUCAAGAAAACACGUGAAAGGGAUAUAACAUGUCUGCAAUAAUGUUUUGUUCAAUAAUUUGGCAACCUUUUUAAUAAUCUGCAAGAAGUAGCUUCAAAGGAGCUCAAUGUUUUUGUAUUCUCUUGACUUAUUCACGAAAGUUUCUGUAAAAUUUGCAAUUUUAAAGGAUACAUAUUCCAGUCAAGUGCAAGGGCAUCAUUUUCAAACGACUGCUAGAUGAAGGCCUCCCGCAGCCACAUCAUCUCUCACAGUCCCGUGAUGUAACAAUCCCUCCAGCACCUACACAUGAGCUGAUGUCAUCACUCCAUCCCUUCGGUAAAUGCCUUUCAGCAUAUCCCUUGACCACCAACCAUCAUCCCGUCCAGCGAUGUGUCCUGCCCCAAGCCCAAUUUUACUAACAGUCAAUAUAAUGUUUCCAACGUGUCCAUGUUUUCCCAUUCAUGUAUUCCACUUUAUAUUUAUCAGUAUAAUACCAUGCAUUGCAUCUCUCCACGCUUCUUUGGAUGCAUUUCAAUGUUUUUUUUCUUUGUGAGUGUCCAUAUGUCUGAGAUAUUCCGAAAUAGGCAAUAUUCACUGAUUAAUAACUGAAUUAUUUUGUCACAUUUCAAUAUUGAUUUUUGUUAUAGCACUGUUUAUUUUCAAUGGCGACUUUGUGAAUGGUUUGCAAGAGACAUGUUUUCUUCGAUAUCAAGUGCAGUGGUUGAUAUGCAGUGCGUGCACUGAUCUCAAAUGAUUCAUUGGGGUUUUAUAUUUUUAGCACAAUUUUGUUCCUGGGAAUCAUACAGCUUUUACAUGGCAUUAAAGUUUAUUAACGAAAGUCAUAAUGUGUGGAUUAGAGGAGGAUGGAGAUUCUAAUGAAUAAGUUCAGGAAAAAAUAAGCUCCGGAUUGGAAGGUAGGCGUCUCUCCUUUACACAAGGCGGCGCAAGAGAGUUGUUCAAAGAAUUCCACUUGCGUGAACUUUACACAGUGUCCAAUAGCCAUAAACGGGAUAGUUAUUGCCAACAGCGAUUUGGUGAAGGUCUAAGCACAGUGGUAACUGUGCCUUUAUUGCCAUUUGUCUCAACUGUUUACAUUUCCUCCUGUCACUUUUAUGACCGUGUUCACGAUAAACCUACGUACAUUUUUUUUGUAGAUCACGCAGAUUAAAAUAAUAAAAUAAAAUAUUAAAUAAUUUCGUUCACCAGUCAGUGGCGGAGUUCAGUUAUAUUUUACAGCAGCUGUAAAGAUUUCUUCGGUCCUUGUUUGAGAUAAUCUGAAGUCCAUCUGGGGUUUUCUGAAAUUAAGAUUUUUCUUUCGGUUUUUAUUAGUUUUAAAGCAGUCAUAUAUUUUAGGACUAUCGGCACUGUCAGAGAUUAACACACCCAGUGCCUCUAGGUCAUGGCUAGAACUAAUGUCAUAGUUAUUCAUUACUCAGUGGCUCAGUGGACAUUUGAUGCUUUGUUGUUAUAGAUAUGAAUGCUGGUCACGCCCGUGCACUUAUUUUAUAUUAUUUUGGUCACAAUGGAGCAUCCAGUUUUAUGCGUGAUGGGAGAAUGCCGACAGCAAGAUGAUGCAUUCAGACUUCAGAGAGACAGGAAUGUUUUACAAUGUUAUAUGUGUAAGCUAUCAUGUUCAAUUAAAUACGACGAUAAACAAGCGCACGUGUUAGUGCAAAUACCAAAUCAGGUGGGAAUCGCUAAGUGGUCACUGUUGUUUACUUAAUGUGAAGUUGGCUAAACAUGAAAAAUCACAUUU